CUACGCGUAUAGACUUGUUUUAUGUUCCACGUAUUUUGUUUAAUAGAAUUCGAUGCGAAUCUAUAUUUGAGCAGCAUAUUUAUCGUGAAUUGAAAUGGUCUCUUCUGGAAGGUGUUGAGCCUUAUUAUUAGUUAAUUCAAAUAAGAACUGUUUAGAUUUGCUAUUUUGUUUCGAUUACGUGUAUCGAAUACUGAAUAUUGGAGCUGCAGCUAUGAAAUUCAAUGGGUACUUGAAGCUACGUAUUUGUGAGGCGGUGGAUUUGAAACCAACAACUUUUUCAACUCGGCACACCUUUCAAAGGAAAGUCCACAUGGAUCCUUACAUAAUCGUGAAAGUAGACAAUGUGAAAGUUGGACAAACUGCCACACAAUCGAAGACAAACAAACCGACCUUCAAAGAUGAAUUCAGCCCAUACAUCUCCAAUGGCAAAGAGCUGGAAUUAGCUGUUUUCCACAGCACCCAAAUAGGAUAUGACGAUUUUGUGGCUAAUUACAGAAUCCAUCUUGACGAGCUAAUAAAGACAUCAAACACAAGACAAACAUUUGAGGGAUGGGUGAAUCUGGAACCAGAGGGAAGUGUGUAUAUCUCCGUAUCGCUCAUCGGCUCCUUUAUAGAUGAUGAAGCUGUAGAAAAUCGAUUGAGGAACCAUAAACGGUUAUCUAGAAAACACCAAAAAGCUUUAAAAAGAAGAAAGGUCCACCAAGUCAAUGGACACAAGUUUAUGGCAACCUUCCUUCCCCAGCCCACUUUUUGCUGUCAUUGCAAAAACUUCAUCUGGGGUGUUUUUGGAAAGCAAGGAUAUCAAUGCCAGGUGUGCACGUGUGUGGUCCAUAAGAAGUGCCAUGAUCUGGUUGUAAGUGAGUGUCCACGUAUGAAGAAAACUUUGAAUGAGGGCACAAGCCAGGGCUUCAGCAUCAACAUACCCCACCAGUUCCGAGAGCACAACUACAGAGUUCCGACAUACUGUAACCACUGCGGAUCUCUCCUUUAUGGGCUUAUGAAACAGGGUCUCCAUUGCAAGAGUUGCAAGAUGAACAUUCACAAACGUUGUGAACAAAAUGUUGCACCAAACUGUGGGGUGAACAGUGCAGAGCUGGCCAGCAAAUUGGCUGAAAUUGAUUUGCAAGCAGGCAGGCUCUCCAAACAAAAGUCUCAGAUCCACAUUACCGAACAAAAGCAUCGAGAUCCUAGUAAAAAGAUACCAUCAAUGGCUGAGGAAGAGAUUGUUAAAUUGGGUCUGAAGGACUUCAGUUUCUUGCAUGUGCUGGGGAAAGGCAGCUUUGGCAAGGUGAUGCUGGCCCGUCUAAAACGUGACCACAGUGUGUUUGCUGUAAAAAUGCUGAAGAAGGAUGUCAUCUUGCAGGAUGAUGAUGUCGAAUCAACCAUGAUUGAGAAGAGAGUGCUGACUUUGGCCCACCAGAACCCAUUCCUCACACAGCUCUACUACUGCUUUCAGACUGCCGAGCGAUUAUACUUUGUCAUGGAGUUUGUGAAUGGUGGUGACCUCAUGUUCCACAUCCAGAAGGUCAGGCGUUUUGAAGAGCCACGUGCACAGUUUUAUGCUGCAGAAAUCACUUCAGCGCUUAUGUUCCUUCAUUCCAAAGGCAUCAUUUACAGGGACCUGAAGCUGAACAAUGUGCUCCUGGAUAGAGAUGGCCAUUGUAAACUGGCAGAUUUUGGCAUGUGCAAAGAGGAAAUCUUUGAUGGAAAACUAACCAACACAUUCUGUGGGACUCCAGAUUAUAUCGCACCGGAGAUCAUCCUGGAGGAGCCAUAUGGCAUAUCAGUGGACUGGUGGGCUCUCGGCGUGCUGCUGUAUGAGAUGCUGUCGGGUCAUGCUCCAUUUGAAGCAGAGACUGAGGACGAGCUCUUUGACUGUAUCCUCAGUUAUGAGGUCGUUUAUUCAUCCUGGCUUAGUAAUGAGGCAGAGGACCUUCUUAAAGGGUUCCUCACCAGAGAUCCGGCAUGCCGGUUGGGCUGCAUGGAAAGAGAUAGUGGAGAAAUGGCCAUCAUUGGGCACAUGUUUUUUUCAGGACUUAACUGGGAUAAGCUGAACAAACGAGAGAUCAGACCACCUUUCACACCUCAAAUAGAAUCUAUUGAGGAUGUGAGCAAUUUUGAUUUCACCGAAGAGGAACCCACUCUUACACCCAUAGAAGAUGGACUUUUCCCUUUCAAACAGGAUGAUUUUAAAGACUUUACCUACACAGCUCCAGAGCUGCGAUGGAGCUAACAGACAGCCCUGGCUUAUUUAUUUUGCUUGAACAUUUAACUAUUCUUAGUUACUUUCCCUAAUACAUUUUGAUUAUAUAUUUUUUCUAGGUUUAGGUUUUUCUCUAAAAUUACUAUUUUAAUCACUGCUUUUCUAGCACAAAUAUGCUUAGUUGCUAACAGUUUAUUAAUACAUACUCUGCAAAAGACUUCCUCUGGACUGUCCAAACAAGCAAUGAAAGGGAGAAUAUGUAUUCUAGGAAGAAUUUAUACUUUUCCCAGUCAGCUUUUUAAUUUAUGUUAGUGUUUAAGGAGCUUAUCUUACUAAAUAGUGUUCAUUUUGUAUUUGAUACUAGGAUAAUAAUACAGUAAAUGUUUUCAUACAGUUGCCAUGUAAUUUGUAUUGCAGCUUUUUAGUGAGCAUGGAAAUGAAUACACCUUGAGUACCAUGCAGUGAAUGAGCUGUAUCAAUGUCAUUAGUUGUUAAGUUAUGAGUUGUUACAUAUUGUUAACAAAAGAGACAUGUGUCUAUCGCAUCUUGUAUAGGAGAAUCCUUUUGUAAAGAGCUGUAAAGGACAACUUUUGUGUUUAUCUAAACCUUGUGAUAACGCCGACAUUAAGAAAACAUAGGCUACUGUAUCACCUGUCCUGUUUAUUGAAUAAUGAAUCAGGAGAGCUUAACCUAUGGCAAGAGUCAGAAGCAUGACAUUUUCAUGAGAAAAAAAACAUAUCAUUUACACCUCAAAUUAACAGCAAGGUUGUGGUCAUGACACAUUUCUCUGUGGACACGCUAAUCCUCCCAAUUAAUUAUUAAUUGCACUCUGUUCAUUUGCCCUCUGCACAUGUUUGCAUAAUCUUAACCUAUAUUUGAAGCAACCAUGAUACCAGUGCUCCAUAUACAAGUGGUUGGCUAAAGAGGAUGGGAAGUAAUCUGCUUUUAUGAACAUAUACUAUUUAACCCGACAGAGCCGACAUGUCUGUACUGUCAACUUUCUUCCAUAUUAGUAAGUGACUAUACAGCUUAUAAAACAUACAACUUGACUAAAAUCACAUUGUUCAUAGGAUAUUGUUCA